GUCAGAAAAUGAUCCAUUAUAAGGAUCUACUACAAUAUUUUAUGCAUUCGGCAACAGCUGAAGGAAACUAUACAUUAGCCUCGGUAUAAAAACAAAAAGAUACACAACGUUCCAGUGGAAAUUGACGUACUUCUUAAAUUUUUAAUUUGUGAAUUUUUGAACAACACGCUUCCGAUUUCGCGCAACACUUAACAAAAUCGGUAAAUGAAACUUUGCGUUAAUUAGAACCUGAGUCUGUUUAAACCCAAUUUGAUACUGGCUAAUUUAAGAAAGGGAAUUGCGCUUAAAUCCAUUUCUUUCAGGCGUUUUCCACGAUAUUCCUGUGGGACCACUUUUGAGCUGCAAAGUCGGUAAGACUACAGCUUUAUAAAUAUUUAAUCUGGGUUUCAUUUCAGUUUUUCUAAUUAAGGAUAAAAUAUUGCCCUUGAUGAGAUACUACUUCGUAUCGAGUCAGUUUCAUGAUAUUUGUUUUCUGGCAAGUCAGAAUAACUGGAAGUUUAUAAUUUUAAAUAUCCUAAAUGUAAUUGUUAAUGGGUAAAUACGUAUUUGCGUUAUCUAAUAAUAAUAAUAAUAAUAAUAAUAAUAAUGUAACCGUGCUAAUGAAAUAAAUAUGACAUAUAUAAUAAUACAAUGUGUUAUUUAUUAUUAAAAGUAAAGUACAAGAAAUACAGAGAAAAAUGUAGCGAUGUCAGUUGUCAGUUGCAAUAGGAUAUAACGGGCUCUUUCAGGUAAAUGUCUAAAUAGGUAAUUGCUCUUAUUGAUUGUCACUUUAUACCUGACCUCUGAAAUCUUCGUGUUUUGUACAGCGGCCGGUGACUUCAUUAUAUUGACGGCAAAACACAGCGCAUGGUAACGCUAAAAUAAACUAGCUGUUUUGUACAUAUACAUCAGCCAGUUAGAUGUCAUUAAACAUAUUUGUAGUGGUAAAUUCUAUCUGCAUUUAUGUCCAAACAAUUUCAAGUAUCUCUGCACGAGCGGCAUUGAUAUAGUCUACUCCAGACCCCGGCGUUGAACAUGUCAGCAGAGAGUUACUGUAUUAAAAUUCACGAUGGCAACAGAAAACGGGACCGUAUUCGGUUCCGUCAGAUAUUCCAUCGUGACACAUGAUAAUGGAACUAAAAUACUUUGGAUUUUACCGGUUUGUAAAAUAAUCGAUUUGCAAUAGUCCAAACAGCAGCUGCAUGAUGCAAAGGAAUAUCAUAAACGUUUUGUAAAGCGGCAUCACCCCGACCAUAAUUUUCAGAAUCAGCGACUAAUAGUCCUCAUUUGUUACUUAUAAGCAAUGCUGAUUGUUUAUUUACCACAAACAUCUUUCUCCCCCAUAUACUGUUAAUUUGUGCAAUCAUUUGCCUGCCACAACACGUAGGCUACUAUAUUCCCGUUUCCUGAUUUCUCAUCGGUUAGAACGUUUGUGAAUAAAAUGUUUUCUGUAGCCUAGAGUUUUAUGCAAAUUUUGGUUUAUAACAUUUAGACUGGUCUUCCUUACUGUGGCAUUAAACACUGGAAUUGAGCUCCUGUACAAACGUACGCUUUUUGCAGAGCCAUUUACAGUUUUCCUGCUGCACAGAUCUGAAAUUUUUUGCGGCGAAUUUAAAAAAUGACGCAAGCAGUGACUCUAUCCAAUGGGUAACGAGGGGCGUGGAUUAUAUUAAAAUAUUUUUGCCUUUUAAGGAUUUUUCUCCGCCUUUGCCAAGUCCAUGCUUGUCCCCCCCGAGAGCCAAGAGCCUCCGAACCCGAGAGAAGGUGCGCUCCGCUGGGACAGAGGAGACAUAAAGAGACGGGGAGGGAGGGAAUGAGAUUUCUUGCUACCCAAUCCCCCUUUUCCCCAGGGACACCAAGCCUUCCCUGGUCCAUCCCUGCCUCUUGUUUGGACAGCCUCCCGCGGGGAGCCUUGACCAUGAAAGAAGAGCCCCUUACCAGCGGCAUGACGCCGGUCCGUUCGUGGAUGCAGAGUGCGGGGAUACUGGAUGCGAACACGGCGGCACAGAGCGGAGUGGCACUGGCACGUGCCCACUAUGAGAAGCAGCCGCCCUCCAACCUGCGCAAGUCCAACUUCUUCCACUUCGUGCUGGCGCUGUACGACCGGCAGGGCCAGCCCGUGGAGAUCGAGCGGACCUCCUACGUGGACUUCGUGGAGAAGGACAAGGAGUACAACGGAGAGAAGACCAACAAUGGGAUACACUACAGGCUACAGCUCCUCUACAGCAACGGAAUCAGGACAGAGCAAGACCUGUAUGUGCGGUUGAUAGACUCCAUGACCAAACAGGCCAUCUUGUACGAGGGCCAAGACAAGAACCCAGAGAUGUGCCGCGUGCUUCUCACCCACGAGAUCAUGUGCAGUCGGUGCUGUGACAAGAAGAGCUGCGGGAACCGGAAUGAGACCCCUUCCGACCCGGUUAUCAUCGACAGAUUCUUCUUGAAGUUCUUCCUCAAAUGCAAUCAGAAUUGCUUGAAAAAUGCAGGGAACCCAAGAGACAUGCGACGGUUUCAGGUGGUGGUGUCCACGACUGUCAACGUAGACGGCCACGUCCUCGCCGUAUCAGACAACAUGUUCGUCCACAACAACUCGAAACACGGCAGGAGAGCGAGGCGCCUCGACCCCUCUGAAGCAGCCACCCCCUGCAUCAAAGCCAUCAGCCCGAGCGAGGGCUGGACGACCGGGGGGGCCACCGUCAUCAUUAUCGGGGACAACUUCUUCGACGGCCUGCAGGUGGUUUUCGGCACCAUGCUGGUGUGGAGCGAGCUGAUCACGCCCCACGCCAUCCGAGUCCAGACACCCCCUCGGCACAUUCCGGGGGUCGUGGAGGUUACGCUCUCCUACAAGUCCAAGCAGUUUUGCAAGGGGGCCCCAGGACGCUUCGUCUACACAGCCUUGAAUGAACCCACCAUCGACUACGGCUUCCAGAGGUUACAGAAGGUCAUCCCCAGACACCCCGGAGACCCUGAGAGAUUACCCAAGGAGGUGCUCCUGAAGCGGGCAGCCGACCUGGUAGAGGCUCUGUAUGGCAUGCCGCACAACAACCAGGAGAUCAUCCUAAAGCGAGCAGCCGACCUGACGGAAGCCCUCUACAGCGUCCCCCGCAGCCACAACCAGCUGCCCUCCCUCACCGGCUCGGCCGCCCACUCAGGCAUGAUGGGGGUCAACUCCUUCGGGGGCCAGCUGGCCGUCAACAUCUCCGAGGCCUCGCAGGGUGACCAGGGUUACUCCCGCAACUCCAACAGCGUGUCUCCCCGAGGCUACGCGCCCAGCUCCACGCCCCAACAGUCCAACUACAACACCAUCACCUCCACCAUGAACGGCUAUGGGGCGGCAGGCAUGACCAACCUGGGGGUGCCCGGAUCUCCUAGCUUCCUCAAUGGCUCCUCCGCCAGUUCCCCCUACGCAAUCAAACAGAAGAGCGCCUUCGCCCCUGUCGUGCGGCCACAGACCUCCCCGCCCCCCACCUGCACCAGCACCAAUGGGAGCAGCCUACAGGCUAUGGCUGGUCUCAUCGUCCCACCUAUGUGAACAGGGGCACCAGGAUUUGCAAGGCCUACGUCACAGUCACCUGCCCUCGUAAUCUUUCAGACCACAGCAUCCCCACCCCCGCAUCGCUCCCCCUGCUCCCCCCCCCCGGAGUACAGCUAUCCUGCGGUGGAGCACCCAGCCCCCCCGACCAGCUGUGCCCUGCCAGACUAGCCUCGCUUACGUCUUCCUAUCCCACAUUUCUGCCUCCGCCGUGUCCUUCCACCAAAUGCACUGGCGGCCCGCGUCUUUGUGCACGCCCAUGUUUAACUGGGAGAGGGGGAUUGUGGGAAAAUCUGCUAAAAGUGAGGCCAAUGUUUCUGAAAUUGAGCACAGUCAGCUUACUGGUGAACACUCCAUCCUCUUUAUUUAAGAAACAAAAUACAAUGUAAUGCAGGAAAUGUACAUUUUUUGCCCAGUGAGAAACCGAAGGAUGUAUAACGUUUCAUAAUAACAUGAUCAGUCCUCUUUUCAUAUAUUGGACAGGAGCCGCAGAAAUAAGCGUAAGGGGACAUUGUCAUGCAGGCCGGCCUGAUGGUCACUUCCACACUCAGAGUGGGUUAUCGGACUUCCCUCUCAUUAGCGUUUUAUGGUUUUAGCUGGCUGAGUUCCCCUGCUCGACCCAUAGUUGCUUUCGGAGAACAGCUCGUAGCCUUCUACUCCACAGUGAAUUAUCCAGUCACUCUAAGUAAGCCAGAAAGCUUGCUAAGGUCUAAACCUAACUGCUGAAUACAUGUGAAACAUUUUACGGAGGGCAUAGGCAAGUUCCAGACCCUAGUGCAUUGUAGGCACAUUAAGGGGGUGAGUGUCCCAAUACGUCCCCUCAACACCCUGACCCCUUUCUUCCUCAGUCCAUUCAAAUGGUAUGUCACAGUCUAAUAAAACACCUGGAUAAUGUUGGCACAGAGGUCUGGUUAAGUCCAUCACAGUGAGGACAGACUGAAACCAGCAAAAAAAAAAUCACACUUUUUUUCAAGUAUGUUAUUAUCUCUGGAAGAACUGAUCGUUUAUAUCUUCUAAAAAGUCAUUCAUAUUCUCACAUCAUACAGAAGUCCUAGUUGAACCCGGUGGGAGAUGAAUGAUGACAGGGCAACCCCAAGUCUUUGGGACCAAUAGCGUUAGCAAGUGAAAUACUUCCAAGACGAAACCGUCCCACUAGGUAUCCUUCCAGGUUUGUCCAUUUGUAGAUUAAAAACUGGGAAUGCAUCGCUACAAUUUGAAACCACCUUUAGCUACCAGAAUUAUCGUUCAACUUCUUAUUGUGUGUUUUUGUAUGCAUUUAUAAGGUAUGUUUUGGAAUUUCUUUGGUGAUUUAGGCCUAAAUAAUAGUGCGAAAUAUACAUGUAAACACAUUUGAUGUCUUAAAACCUUUUAGAUAUUGUAAAAAAAAAUAAGAAAAAGAAAACACGAGAAAUGACGAUUUUGUAAAAAAAAAAAAAAAAUGUCUCAAGCGUGAUCAGAUCAUCCUGUUUUUUAAAGCAGGAUCUACACUCCACCACUUUUGUAUAAAAUGCUUUGCAAUACUAUAUUUAACUUUUUUUGUAUACAGUCGUUGCCCCGCCCCCUUGCUUUUCUCCCCGUCUUCUGUGUAUUAUUGUGAGGGGUGCGUACUCAUAGUUAUCUCUUAAUGCACUAUUUUAGGUGAGGCACCUACAGGAGAAAUGCAUCUUAGCAGGCAAAAAAGAAAGAAAAAAAACAUAAAAAAGAAGUCUAGUACGAAUAUGCACCGAUAUGUUUUUUAACCUUUUUGGAAGUAAUUCUCCUUUUUUUCCUGUCAUUCUAAUUAAAAGGGAGACUCAACUUUUAUCAUGGAAAUUUCUAUAUUUCUAAAGUUAGUUCAUUACAAUCCUCUGUUCAUUUAAGUCUCAUACAUACUAGACAUAUACAUUAAUGCGAUUGUAGUGUUUGGUGAAGCUUUUUUUCCAUUUUAAGUGUAAUCUGUGCUAAAACUUUAUACAUUGUGUUUGUUGUAUAUAAAUGUAAUUCACAUGCUUGUAUUGAUAAUAACUGCUAUUAUUGGUUUGGAAAAAAAAAAAACACAGUCCCGGAUCCACUUUUGAUGGCGGGGGCUUUGCGGAGGCAAAAGUUGAGUGUCCCUUCAAACCAACUGAGAUUCCCAUCGAUGUGAUUGUUGUUGUUGAUGUUGAUGUUGUCGUUGCACACAGUUCUGUAUCAUUUACUUAUGCAAUUUGUAUUACUGUAAUGCAAGCAACUGUCACUCCACACUGAUGCAGUGGAAUAGUUGUAAAAUAAAAUAAAAUUACAAUAUAUACAUAUAUAAAUCGAUGCCUUACAAUACACCAUACUCCCAUACGGUACGUUGCAUCUUUUGCAUUUCUGAAGUUCUCAAAACUGACAAAACGAUUUGGGAUUUUUGCACCGUGGCAAAGACAAAAAAAAUCUAGCAAUUGCUAAAGGGAAGUCUUUGUAGUUUUUUUAUACAUACAAAAGGGAAUAUUCAUAUUUGGAGCAGAGCACACACAUAUUAUAGGAAACUAAUCGUGUUUCAUAAGUACAUCUAAACCCUGCGAUUCUGUGCACAUUCUGUACCGUGUGCCUGUCUGUGGGUCUCCGUGUGUGUGGCACGUCGUAAUUAAUAUGUUGUUUUCAAAGUCUUGAUGUUGUGCGACUGGUUGUUAUGUGAAUUAACUCCCAAAGUGUGAAUAGCCAUUAUGUUCCCUUUAAUGAGAACAACAACCAUCAAUUUGAACCCUACUGGGUUGCAGGGUAAACGACACGAAGGCUGGGAUUAUUCUAUGGUAAAACCCAUGUUAAACCCGUGUUGACCGAUGUCAGCAUAGAGAAUGAAAUGAGAAAUACUUCAGUUUUAACAAGUUAUCAUAUUGAUCGUUGUACUGUUACUCUGAUUUGGCUGAAGGGAUCCAUGUAAGUUCCAUUAUUCUGUAUGGCAACAAGUGAGCGUGCAAUCAAACUUACUAAUGUAUGAUCUGAAAGAUAAAGCUGAAAUGCAUCAUUGGGAUAAUACGGUAAUAAGUACCUGUUUUACGCUAUUUUACAGCUGAUUGGAUUUGGGUCAGUUGUUUAUUUAAAUUACAGGAGGUUUUCAUCCUGGGUUUUAGCACAAAAUGCAACUGCUUAGAAUGUGAUAACUUUCGGUUUAUUUUCUCCAGAACAUAUACAAUCAUACAAAUGUAACAUUAGUAUAGUUUUUUUACUAUUAGUUUUGUUUAUGUUAGUGUGUUUUAAAUUUACAGUGUAUAAUAAUUCAUUGGGUAGCUGCAGGUUUGUAAAUAGUUAUUACCAGAAAGCUCAGAAGUGGACUUCGGUUUGGUCCUGAACUUUAUCAAAGGGACGGGAGUCGCAUAAAUUUGAUAAAGUCUAGGCAGGAGCUCACAGUUUUGUACACGGUCACACAAUAGCAAUCCUGUCUUACAAAGUACUGAAAAACACACGAUUAAAUUUAUGUAUGAGAGGUAAUGAAAUCCUCUUUGUAGUACUUUCCUCUUUUGUAGUGCCCCCUUAAACAUCCCACAAAGACAGCUGUAUUCAAUAUCACGGCUCUCCGAAGCCAUUUACAAUGAAAACAUUUCUUCGAGUCAGAUCUUGGCUGACUUGUCAAGUCUCCCGUUCGUACUCAUCUCUGGUGCCCUUUCUUUCCAUGAGGCUUGCUGAGUUUUUUCCUCAAAGGCUAGUUUUCUGGGCAGUUGUAAAGUUACCCCAAACCUCUGUGGUUUUUCGGGAAGUACACAGUGUCAUUUUGUCCAUGUUUGGUCCAACGAGAAACUGAAAGAUGGCGUUGUUAUAGAAUUACAAAAUAUUAUAUAAUAAUCAAAUUAUAUAAAAGCACAAUAUUUAAAUAAUUUCUUUGCAAACAAAAACUGAGAAAAAAAGUUACAAUGUAUUCUACUUUUCUUUUCAGUCCAUGAACAUGCUGUAAAUAGGUGCAUGCUUUCCGGUGUCCCCGUGGUUUUUGUACAGAAACAGGCUAAUAAAGAUUACAUUUGGCUUGAA